UAGACAGUUUUAGAUCGACCUAAUGUGGUCACGUGUAAUAACAUUCAUCUGAUUGGCGCAAUCUAAAAUCGUAGUGACCCGAGUAUGAAGGUCAAGGUGAGAAAAUAUCCAAUGAAAACACGUAUCUGUGAAUCAUAGUAAAAUGGGGAAUCCCCUGACGAAUUCUAAGAAGGAAAAUUCAAAGGCAAUCAUUGCCGACGUAUCGAAGUUUAGUUUUCAUUUAUCGACCAUCGAAGCAACAUCGUAUGCUGUUAUCUGUGUUAUAUCUCCUGUGGUAUACACCAAUUACAUAAAACGUUACGGAAAAGCAGACUUAGACGAUCUUUUCGGAAAGCUAUAAUUUUGUCUUGAGCUAUCCUGAGUUGCCGUAAGAUGUCUGGAAGUCCAUAUCAUAGAGUGCCUGAUGUGUCAUACACUUACUUUGAUGACAGCAACACAUAUGAUAAUCUGAGUGAUCCUGCCAGUCUAACACCUCAAUUACUGAUCACCAAAGAUAUGGAAAUAAUGGAGGAUUGCAGUGAUAGCAAAACAUACACAGUCCUAGAGUCCUUCAAACAACAGACUGGAAAUGUACCCAAGCCUACCAAGCCUCUGUCAAUAUCAAGUGAAUCGAACUUGUUAAGUUGGCAGCAGUGUCAUCCUGAAAACUGGACCACCGAGCAGGUUUUGGAUUGGUUGUUCUUCAUGGCAGAAUCAAUCCAGGCAGGUGGAGAUUUCCAUGGAGAGAGAUUCCAGGAUUUCAAUGGCAAGGAAAUGCGUAAUCUGACAAGACUCCAGUUUCAGGAGCGUGAUAAUAAAUAUGGUGGCGCGUUGUAUGACCACUUUCAACAGCUUCUACGUGGAGCUACAUAUAAACCACCCACCUUCAAUGAAGGCCAAUGUUAUGAUUCCUUGGAGUCUGAAGAUGUUUCUGCUAUGCAGACAAAUAUUGAGUUUUUAGAUGAUAAUAUAAAUAUUAACGGUGAAUGGUAUGACAUUGACCUGGAUACUGACUUCAAUCUGAAUUGCGAUGUCACCACUCUCUCCCCAACAACCGAGAUGAAACAUUCCCCAACACACAGUGAUGAAUCUGGAUACACAUCUGGAGAAUCUGACUGCAGUGACAUGUUGGAUGCUCAAAUCCAUUGCAUUCCAAUUCCAAAGCCUACAACUGCAACGAUUCCCACAUUCCUAGAUACAUGGCCACCAAUCACUCAUUCUGCACCUGAAGUGAAGUUGGAGCAUGCUGUCCCAAGGAAACGUUCAGUUGGACGACCAAGGAAGACCAGUUCGUCAAGUGAAGAGGGCUGUGAUAACAUCAGGAAAAGAGGCAGGAAACCUGGCCAAGGAUCAAAGGGAAACCACUUGUGGGAGUUUAUCAGGGAUCUGCUGAAGGACCCCAACUGUAGCAAGAUGAUUAAAUGGGAGGACGAGUCUCUUGGUGUGUUCCGCUUUGUGCAGUCAGAAAAUGUUGCAAAACUUUGGGGAAAGCGCAAGAACAACCCAGGAAUGACAUAUGAGAAACUCAGCCGUGCUAUGAGAUUUUCACGAACAGCUGGCUACUUUUCCGCUCUUCCCACAAACAACAGGUACCCCAAGAAAUUGUGUUUCAAAUUUGGAGACAAGGCAUAUGGAUGGCAGAAGGACUCCAAAUAUUAGACAUUACUAUAGCAGAGGGAUCCUAGAAAAAACCGAGGGGAGGCGACUCGUGUACAAAUUUGGUUCACAAGUUAAUCUGAAAUCGUGAACUUGUAUAUAGCAGUGCUAUAAUAUAGUGAACAAUAGUGAUGUAAAUAUUGUAUAGACAUUAUUGUACAUAAACAUUGAUCUAGCUGGUUGUUAAGACCUGCCCUAAAAAUAGAUAGUUGAUGUGAUAUCAUUGUGCUAUGUGUGUUGUGAUGAGGACGUGAAAUAUAAUAGCUACAUAGCUGCAAGUGCCAUACAAUUAAUUUCUUACUACUCACAGCCUCUGUAUUGUGAAUUUAGGUGAAACAGUUGGAAAAUGUUAAGCAGUUGGAAAUUCUGAAAAUGUAUUUCAUUUCUAUCUCACAUUGGGGUUUUAAAAUAUAUUAUUUUAUUAUAUAAAAUAAAAGUAGCAUUGUAUGACGAAUAUUCUAUAUACAGUGUAUGUAUGGAUUUCAAUAUGUUAUAUGUAUAGAAAGUUAGAUAUUUUAUAUAUUGUACUGAUGUACGUUACGUCUGAACAUUAAACUGUGUGAAUGCCUAUUACUUAAAAGGUCUAUUCACAAAAUGUAUAAAAUCAUGACAGGAACUAGAAUUUUUCAUUUUGUUUAUGGUAGACACAUUAAGUAAACGGUGAAUUUUUGAUACUCUGCAAAAGAGAAUCUUCAUUUCGGAAUAUUUAGACAUUUCAUAUUUAUCGACUUUAUCAGUAUGUUCUAUGAGUUGAAUGAAUAAUUGUAGUUUUCUGACAAUGGUUAAGCUAGUAUUUCCCAAUUGGGGACCACGUAUGUGAACAUUUUUGAUUGUAUAUUCAACUGUAUAUUAAAAAUAGAUAUGCUUGUAUUUUUAUACUGUAUAGCCUAUAUUGUAAAUAUAUUUUUUAUACAUAAUAUACCUGUAUAUAAAGUUAACCUAUUAUUGUUUGCUAAUUAUUUCCCCCCAAAAAUGAUUUCAGGACAUCUAUGUCAAAUCACUACUUCUAUAUCUAGUAUAUUCUUCUUUACUCCCGUCUCAAUAUUCGAAUUAAGUGAAACUACAUACAUAC